AUGGUUGCGUGGAAUGGGCAAGCAGCGGGUCUUUGUGUUUUUUGUCAACUUACCUUGGAAACGCGGGAUCAUCUUUUCUUUGUUUGUCCUUUUGUCUCGAUUGUGUGGUCUGCUCUUGCCAAGGGACUGAUGAAGACACGUUUUACAACAGACUGGUCUUUUCUUCUCGAUUACAUCUCUAACUCGAAUUUUCAGCUGGUAGAAGGUUUUCUUAUUCGCUACUUAUUUCAAGUAGUGGUUUAUACGGUCUGGAGGGAAAGAAAUGGACGCAGGCAUGGUGAGCCGUCACAGCCUGCGGAUACCAUUAUUGCCUGGGUUGAUAGGCAGGUUAGAGACCAGCUCCUUGCUAUAGAUCUAAUGGGUGAUCGGAGAUACGAUGAAGGUUUUCAAAUGUGGCUGCAAUCUCGAGUUUAGCAUAAGAUUUUUCUUCUAAUAUUCUCAACAAAUUUCCUUUCAUAU